UGGGCCGAAGAGCAGGUAGGAGGGAUCUUCGGAUCGCAUCCCAUUGGCUGCUGGAGAAAAACUGUAGCAAAACGGUCUGCAAUAGUUUAUUCUGUCUACGUGAGUUGAGUAAAACAAAACAAAAAACUCGAGCCAAAAAGCUAUGGCGUCUCAAACUAAGCCAGUUCUUCAUGGAUACUUCAGAAGUUCCUGCUCCUGGAGGGUUCGCAUCGCCUUUGCUCUCAAAGGCAUCGAAUAUGACCCAGUUCCAGUCAAUCUAAUCCAAGACGGAGGUCAGCAGCUUUCCGAACAGUACAAGAAAUUAAACCCCAUGCAACAAGUUCCUUCGGUUGAAAUUGAUGGCAUCACCGUUUCUCAGUCACUGGCUGUAAUCCAGUACGUCGAUGAGACCAGGCCGGGGCCUCGCCUCCUCCCCGCGGACCCAAAGGGUCGCGCCCAGGUUCGGAUGAUAAGUGACCUCAUUGCCUCUGGGAUACAGCCUCUGCAGAAUUUACACGUGCUCCAGAAAAUUGGAGCGGAAAAGGCGCAGUGGGCUCAGCACUUCAUUGAGCGCGGCUUCCAAGCUCUCGAGCCCAUUCUGAAGCAAACAGCGGGGAAAUACUGCGUAGGUGAUGAGAUAUCCAUGGCAGACAUCUGUCUGGUCCCACAAGUCUACAAUGCAGAGAGGUUCAAAGUGGAUGUUGGGCAGUAUCCAACCAUCAAAAGGUUAAACAGAACCUUACUUGAGAUGGAAGCGUUCAAAGUGACCCACCCAUCUUGCCAGCCAGACACGCCUGCUGAUCUGCGUUCAUAGAAUGACUCUGCAGCUUUAGAGACGGCCAUGCAGCUUGGUCACUUUGUUAAAUAAAUUGCUUAGAAAAUGAUCUCGCCUUGGAGUGUUACUGAAAAUAAAAGAUAUUUAUUGUC